UAGCACUUAAAAAAAAAAAAAAAAAAAAAAUAAACCCUACAUAGGCCGAGGCCAUUGACAGCCUGACUCUGAGGUGACAGAGUCGAUCGGUGACAGCUGAGAGACAUUUCCAGCUGCCACACCACUCCUGCUGUGCAACUUGGAAAUUUCGAGCAUCACUCAAACAGGAAACAGGAAGACUCCGAAUCCGAUCAACCACAAACAUAGCAGAGACUUCGAUUCGAAUACAUAUCAGUGCAAGAAUCAAGCACGAUCCCAGGAAAAGAUUUCAAGGAAGACACGGAGAUCGAUCGAAUUCGACUGGAAGUUUGGGACCGUGCAACUGAUUGGUGAGGAAAAAGAAUCACAAAAAGCCGCUGCUGAUGAUGAAGCCAAGGGAAUGGUGAAUUUUAGAAAAAGAAAAAGAAAAGAGCCAGUUGAACCAUCAGGAUGAGCAAGAACGAUCCUUACUUUGAGGUCAGGGCUGAAGUAGAAUCCUCACUUCUUUCAGCAGCUGCAUUACAUUCAUCAUACAACCGAAUCCUCCUCACCCUUCCUCCCGAAUCCCGCCCAACAUCCGAGGAGCUAAGCAGUACCCGGACCGAGCUGAAGGCGACCCUGUCGACACUUAUCUAUGAUAUAUCGGAGCUCGACCAUGUCGUCCGUGUCCUCGAACAAGACCUCUCCCCCUCCUCUUCCUCCUCCCCCACGUCUUCAAAGAAAAACAAUCAUCUCAAUAAAUCCAAGUUCGGCGUCAGCCUCGACGAGGUCAAGAAAAGAAGAGCAUGGCUGGUCGAAGUUCAACAGCAAGUCCAAGCAAUGAAAGAGACUGUCGAGAUGCCCCUGGGCUCCAACCCAGUACCAUCGAGCUAUCAUCCUCUACUCCCCUCCCCCAUAUCGCCCACGGAUCGGAAAUCUGGAGGCAGGACGGCUAGUCGUUCUCAGUCUCGGAAUCACGAGGAUCGUCAGAAGCGAUCUCGUAACCCGGCCGAGAGCCGGCCCCAGUUCCGAGACGAUCUAGAAUCUCAACGAGAGGCCCAAGAUGAUACUGAAGAGUUCUACCAUCAACAAGAGUCGAUGAUCAUGAAACAACAAGAUCAAACGUUAGGGACGAUUUCGGGAGUGGUGGGUGUGCUGAGAGAGCAAGCGAGUCUGAUGGGCCAAGAGAUGUCGGAACAAAACGUGAUGUUGGAUGAGCUCGAUGGACAGAUCGAUCACACCGAAUCCAGGUUAUCUAAAGCCAACCGCAAACUCAACCGAUUCGUCGAAGAAAACAAGAAUUCUAAGUCUAGUUGGACGAUCUUGAUCUUGAUCAUCAUUCUUACCAUCUUACUAAUAGCCAUUGUUCUCACUUGAUCUGACCCUUUGUUCCUGCGAAUAUUGUAUACCUAUGUACCCUCAUUGACCCUCUUAGAGCUGUUACUCUUUUUUUUUCGCUUGCACGAUCAAUUUAUUGAUAAUCUUGAUAUUAUUCUCCUUUGAAAAUCUCAAAUAUCUCCUCUGAAAGUGUUCUGAUCCAUGUUACGUGUAUUGUACUUGGGCUAGAAGUACGUGGAGCAUAGCAGGUACUGCUGAGCCCGUUGGUUGGUUGAUUAUGUA